AUUGCGAUAACAUUUUUUAUGAAGCUGGGUUUGUUUACAAAAUGAUAAGCGACAAAAACGUUAUCAUUCGUCAUUUUGACAUUUGCUAGUCUUUUAGAAGUGUUAUCUAACCUACAAUUUUGUGUAUCGAUAAAAUUAAAUUACGAAAUAAGUAAUAACCAUGUCGUAUGACCUAAAACGGGAAGAGGAAGUUAAACAAUUCACGGAGAACCUCGGUAUCGAGUAUCGAUUCGGUUGUUACCAAGAAAAAAAGCCGGAGGUUUGCCACCUACUAGCCGAUUAUUUGGAAGCGAUCAAGAAAGACUAUAAAAAAGCUGCGACGGUUUAUAAAAGCAACUGCGAUGAUUACAAUUACUCGAAAUCGUGUUUGAAAUACGGGAACUACGCGAUGAUGGGGCGGGGUCGGGACAGUGCCGAUCAGAAUGAAGCGCUCAAGUAUUUUGAGAAGGGGUGUGAGCUGAACGACCCUGUGUCGUGUCUGCACGCCGGUGUGAUGCUCACGGCGACCGGCCCCGGGACAACUGUGCAGCGAGAUGUGCCUAAAGGAUACAACUAUCUCAAGAAGAGCUGUGACCAGAAUGAUGACAAGGCAUGCCAUUAUUUGGCUGGGAUGUAUCUGACUGGUGUACCUAAAAACCCUAAAGAAUACAACCCUCAUAACCCAGAGAAAAAUGCCAACAUUGACUUCCUUAUCAGACCUGAUAUGAAGCAAGCAUUUAAACUUGCUUUGAAGGGAUGUGAACUUGGUAACAUUUAUGCAUGUGCAAAUGUAAGUUUGAUGUACAAAAAAGGUGAUGGAGUUGAACAAAAUCUUGAUGAGUCAAAACGGUACUUCCAAAUUGCACAGACCCUCCAAAAAGGUCAUGAGACAGGACAAACUCUACAAUUCCAGCAAGGUCUUUCAUAAGGAACCAUAGAUAAUCUUUUAAUUUAUUGUGUGUGACUAUCAUUGUUUGCAACAUAAUAUUGUAAUUUUAUUGAAGUCAAAUAAUAAAGCUGUGUAGUAUUA